CGUAUUUAUCAAAUAUGGAGAAGGCAAGAACAUCCUAUUGACCCGAUACAAAAUAUGUUUUCUUCGAAUCAGACUCAAAUAACUAAAAAUUCAACAGUAGGAAAAAAGAAUCUUAUAACCGAAACCCUUAUUGAUUUAAGUACUGAUUUGCCAAUAGAUAACACAGUGCCCAAUAAAGAUAAGAAAUCGUCUGAUACAAUGCCUCUAUAUUCUCAGAUUAAAUCUCAUAAUAUCCAGCUUUCUAUUGAAUCGCAAGAUAUAUUCAGAAACACCGAAUGGGGAUUGGAUAUAUAUCAAAACAAAUUCAGAAAAAAAGUUCGAUAUCUGCGAUCUGAUGCAACUCCUUUAUCUGAUGAUAAUAUACAAGAUAUCAUUAAUGCUAGAAAUUCAAUGAAAUGUGCAUCAGAAGCUAUGGCAAGCAAAUACAAAAUAUCAACAAGGCGUGUAUAUCAAAUAUGGAGAGGGAAUCAUCCACUAAUAGAUUCUAGAGAAGAGGCAUUGCAAUCAAAUAUUAAUAUACUUAGCUUAAGUGAAGAUUCCAAUCAUGAUGCUAAUAAAUUCGAUUCUGCCUUCACAGCAUGGGAAAACAAGAUACAUGAUACUAAAAUUAGCAAAUCUACUGAUUCAGCUUUGAAAGAGGAUGUUGUUUCAGAUAGUAAGAUGAAAAAGACUGGAGGAAGAAAAUCGAGAACUGAAACUGUUUGCAUUUCUGAUUCUAUUUCAUCUACUGAAUCUUUUGAAGAUGUCUUGGAUUUGUAUAAGAGAACUAGUUCUGAAAUAGAGAAAAUUAGAGCAUCUGGUCGUGCUCUU